AUGGCGGAACCAGAGCCGGAGCGGGGCGACGCCGCCGCCUUCAUCCGCGACGCCCCCUUUGACGUCCACAUGUCGCUCGUCCGCCGCCUGUCGCCCAAGUGGAUCCUCCGCAUGCGCUUGGUCUGCAAGGCGUGGCGUGACAAGCUGUGCCACGGGGCCCUCCUCUCCCCCCUCCACGGCUUACAGCCGCCGCAGCCGCUCCUCUGCUUCGGCCUCGCCGCCUGCCCCGACCGCUACAUCCAGUCCCUCGACCUCCGCUCCGGCAAGCUGCGCGCCGUCUUCCGGUUCACCGAAAACGAGGGCUACGGCUUCGACGACAACGACCUCGAGGGCCGUGACGCUCCCCCCAUCGACGACUUCCGUGUCGACUACAAAAGGAUGGAGGUGAACUACGCCGAAGCCUUGGUCAAGCCCCAGCUCCAGGUCCACGCUUCCCUCGACGGCUACCUCCUCGUCUCCUUCCUCAGCGCCUGGUGCUUCAUCAACCCCGCGACGCGCCACUGGGUUGCCCUCCCUGACCUUACGCGCUACGACGUGGUCGGGUUCUAUGAGCACGUCAGUUCUGGCGAGUACCGCGUGCUCUGCUUCAGCGGCCUCUGGCACGCUGAAUAUCCGGCUGUCUACGGUGUCCUCAUGGUGAGCACUGUGCAGCUGCGGUUCAUCGGGCGCCCCACCUCGCCGGCCGCGCCCGAUGAUCACGGGCUAGGGUUGGGGGUGGACAGGGCCGUCAUCUCCCCACCCAUCCAGUUCAAACGCAACCUGCACCUGCGCUGGCCGCCGCAGCAGACCCAGGGAUACCACAUACUGGUGUUCGACACAGAGAAAGAGGAGUUCAACUGGAAGAGCCCUCCUCCUGUGAGGGACAGAGAGGUGAGUCUGCUUGAAUUUCCGACCGGCGACCUCGGCCUGUCCGUCUCCAGGAAGAACAGGGCAACGCUAGAGCUCUGGUGUCUAGAGGAUUACCAGAACGAGGUUUGGGUCCUCGUGCACCGGAUUCAGUUGGCGAUCCAACAGAUGCCGGUUCUGCAGGAUGAAGAUCUUUGGAUUCCAGCUGUUGUCUCACCAGAAGGGGAUGUGUUGAUCGAGUCCUGGCACUGGCUGUUGCACUGUGACAGGAAUGGGAAUUUGCUGCGCAAGUUUCGGCUUCCUAAGAGGGUGUUUGUCAGGCAUGUGCUCAGGGAGAGCCUUCUUCAGCAUCGGAUGUUCCGGACGCCCAAAGUUGAUGGUGCUAUUGAUGCACCUUUGUUCCAUUGGCUGUGUAGUGAUCCCAGCUCGUGA